AUGCAGAAUCAGAGAUUGAAGCAGCAGCAGCAGCAGCAGCAACAGGCUUUGAUGCAGCAAGCUAUUCUCCAGCAGCAGUCGCUUUACCACCCUGGUCUCUUAGCUGCUCCGCAGGAUCUUGAAAGUGGUGUCAGCUUCAUAUCGUUAGUCGAGUGGGAUAGGAACUAUUUGAUGUGCACUUGGUAUGAAGGUAAUUUAGUGCAUUAUCAUUUUUCUAGUGAUGAUGUAUCUUGGCUGGAAUAUGAACAGUUGGGAGUUCCUAAAGCAAAAUGCUACAGAUAUGUGGGAAAUAUUCACAUACAGGUGACGGAACCAUUGCUUCAAGAAGUUUUUGCUAGUACUGGUCCUGUGGAGGUCUGCAAGCUUAUUAGGAAAGAGAAGUCGUCCUAUGGAUUUAUUCAUUACUUUGACCGAAGAUCAGCUGGACUUGCAAUAUUGUCCCUCAAUGGAAGGCAUCUGUUUGGGCAACCGAUUAAAGUUAACUGGGCAUAUGCCAGUGGUCAGAAGGAGGACACAUCAGGCCAUUUCAACAUCUUUGUUGGGGAUCUCAGCCCAGAGGUUAAUGAUGCCAUGUUGCUUGCUUGCUUCUCAGUGUAUCCUAGUUGCUCUGAUGCAAAGGUUAUGUGGGAUCAAAAGACUGGACGUUCUAGGGGCUUUGGAUUUGUGUCUUUCCGGAAUCAGGAGGAUGCUCAAAGUGCAAUAAAUGAAUUAUCUGGAAAAUGGCUUGGCAGCAGGCAGAUUCGGUGCAACUGGGCCACCAAAGGUGCUGGAACCAGUGAUGAAAAGGCAAAUUCAGAUGCUAAAAGUGUUGUAGAACUUACAAAUGGCUCCACAGAUGAUGUUAAAGAGGCUACUAGUAGUGAUGCUCCUGAGAAUAACCCUCAAUACACCACCGUGUAUGUGACCCAAGCUGACCUUCAUCGCCAUUUCCAUGCGUUUGGUGCUGGAUCAAUUGAGGAAGUUAGAGUCCAACGAGACAAAGGGUUUGGUUUCGUUAGGUACAGCACUCAUGCAGAGGCUGCUAUGGCUAUUUCAAUGGGAAAUACUCAGUCGUACAUGUACGGCAAACAGAUCAAGUGUUCGUGGGGAAACAAGCCGACUCCACACGGGACGGCCUCCAACCCUCUUCCGCCACCGGCUCCGGCGACCCUGCCAGGACUUUUGGCAGCCGAUCUUCUGGCUUACGAGCGGCAGCUUGCACGUGUAGCUCCUCAGCAGCUCAUGUAUUAUUAGUAAUUUAAUUUUUUUUCCCUUUCAGUCUUUCUUUCACCGUGUUUCGUGUGAAAACUUUGUUUAAUUAGGCCGUCUUGUGAUCAAUCGCUGGUCGAGUUUUUCGGUUUUCCAUUUUUCUUUUUUUUUUUGUUAUUUCUCUCUUUUCUGACUUUGUAGGAUGUUUUUGUGAGGUUUUUUUGUGUUUAGGGAUAUUGGUUUCUGGGGCUACUGUAUGUUGUAACGUGUACUUCGUAUUUUGUUUGAUGAGAGUGUCUUCUUGUUUUGUUCGGUCUUCUGUGCAAUUUUUGUUAAAUGGUGCUGGUUUUUUUGUUUUUGUACAUGAAAAUUUGAAUCCAGUAAUGAUUUUUAAAGUUGCUGCUUGUGGGUUUAAAUAUGUGGA